UUGAAAUCCUCAAAACUAUGCCAUCAUUGUCUGUCUCAAAUCACAAAAGACAGGUGAAUGGGCACACAAAGUUUGUAACUUUACCAAAGACAAAAGAGAUCUUGUUAUUGAAUUGGUUGAUGAUUUGGUGUUUUAAAGACCCAACAUAUGUUUUGAUGAGGGUUUUGCUUUGUAAGAUCCAGUGCCCUUCUUUCGUCUGCUUCUGCAAGCCUUCUCCUAACCUCUACGCAUCUGGCUCUCUCAAAUUGGAGGACACGCCUCCUCCUCAAGUCUCUUCGGUUGAUGAUGAUGCUGAUCAGUAUAUUGAUGCACAAGUAGAGGAAGUUGUUGACCAUAGGGAAGAAGAGUGUGCUACAGAGGGAGAUUGUGGCUUAGAGGAGAUAAAAGAAGGUCAAAGUAAUGUAGAGAUCCUGAAAAGUAGUUUCAAAAAAGAGGCUAUAGAUCCAGAAGAUGGUGAGAGAAGGGAGAAGAAGAAGAAGAAGAAGAAGGUACAGUGGGUGGAUUUGAUGGGGAAAGAACUUGCUGAGAUCCGUGAAUUCGAGUCUAGUGAAGAAGAAGAGAUCAGAUAUGAUGGCGACAGAAGCUGUGUUUGCGUUAUUCUGUGAUCAAUCCUGUUUUUUUUUAGUUUUACUCGGAGAUUAAAGCAAUGGUGAAAGGUGAAGAAGCUGUUGGUCUUGUGGCUUUGGCUUUGGAAUCCCCAUAUAAACAUUGAGGUAGUAUAGUAGUACAUAUAUAGUAGUAGAAUCUGCCACUGCCUUCUUGAACCAAUCUACAUUUUGCCAGCCUGAUGUUAUAUUAAGUUUCCAGAUAUAACAUAUGGUAGCAUUCUGUUUACAGUUUUAGCAUUGUGAAAAGAUUUGUUUUCUAUUACAUUUGUUUCUUUGACCAGUUAGUGAAUGGCUCUCUCU